AUGACACUUAAAGCUGACCAGGACACAGAUGUCUCCUGCAAGAAAGCCAGGGAAAACAAUUUGGAGGCACUUCUAGGUCUGAUGAAGCUCAAGAGGGGGGAGUUAUUGUCUAGUAGCAGAAAAGUAAGGACCCACAAAAACGAUUUUCAAAAAGCGGUUCUGGUUGAUGUAUUUGCGAUAACCAAGUUUCCAUCCUCUGACACAAGAGAAGAUCUGGCGCUGAUAUUAAAUCACACAUCAAGGAGCAUCCAGAUUUGGUUUCAGAACAAUCGACACAGCAUUUCAUCCGAAGAGACCUGCGAAAUAAGAUUAAAAUUCGGAAUAGAUUCAGAUGAGGAAACAAACAGCAAAAAGAGGACGAUAGACAGAUACCUACUGGGUAAAAUUUUAGAAACUCAUUUAUCAGAUAGAACAAAAAUGGCAUGGGAUUCCUUCAUAAACUAUAUCCCGUUGAAUUUAGAAUAA